AUGCCGAAGAAAACCAGGUUGCAAGUAAGUGAGGAACUAGGAGCUGGGCCUUGUGGGAGCCAACCCGAUAUCAUGUCUCUUUUCAAGGAGGAGUUACAAACACUUUCGCACGCCUUGACUGGCAAGUUGAAUCUGCUUGAGGCUGCCAUUCAGGAAGUGAGGGAAGGGCAGACAGACAUCGUCCGCUCUCUAUCCUUCCUGGAUGAAAAAUUCGAGGAACUAAAGGUGACGACACGACGGUUGGAAAAAGACAACGAAGAACUGAAGGCUAAGAAUAAGUCGCUGGAUAACCAGGUCAGCGACCUCCACCACAAGGUACAUGACCUCGACCAGUACCAUAGGAGGAUAAACUUGGAGCUGGCGGGAAUUCCUGAGAGCAGAGAAGAGAGUCCUCUUGUGUUGGCUUUGAAGGUCGCCCAAUGUGUUGCCCCUUCACUGAAGGAGAGUGACAUCGACAUUGCGCAUCGUCGCAGAGCAAGGAAUGCAGUAUACGAUGGCCGAAAAAAGCUGAAGAAUGUCACAACCAGGGACAUCGGUGUUCAUGGCAGUGCAAACAAAUUCUACGUCAACGAGAACCUGACGAGCGUUACCCGAGAGCUGCUCGGAAUCGUGAACGUCGAAAGGAAGAAGGCGGGCUUCAAGUUCGUGUGGACCGUCAACGGCAAGAUAUUCGUGAGGAAAGAUGAGAAGGAACCUGCGAUCAUCAUCCAUACCAAGGAUGAUAUCAAGAAGUUGAAGUAG